AUGGCAUCUCUCCGGGGCACGCAACAGCCAGAGCUUUCGAAGAAGCUGUUCAAGAUCAUCAAGACCGAAAAUCAUGCCAUUGCGGCUCAUGAGGCUGCUGGGCGCGAACGAAUCAGUAUCGCUCAGCAGCUGUCUGAAUGGGGUGAGGCUACGGGGGACGAGACUAUUUCGGAUAUUUCCGACAAACUUGGAGUAUUGCUUGCGGAAAUUGGGGAACAGGAGGAUGUCUUCGCACAAUCGUUAGAGGAUUACCGUAGUAUCCUCAAGCAGAUCCGCAAUACCGAGAGUUCAGUGCAGCCCAGCCGAGACCACAAGGCCAAGGUAUCUGAUGAAAUCGCAAAGCUGAAGUACAAGGAACCACAGAGUACCAAAAUAGUUCAGCUCGAACAGGAGCUUGUCCGUGCAGAGGCCCAGAGUUUGGUGGCCGAAGCACAGCUCAACAAUAUUACCCGUCAAAAGUUCAAGGAGGCUUAUGACCUCCACUUUGCAGCCACCAUUGAGCGGGCAGAGAAGCAGAUAAUCCUGGCGAAGCACGCUCGUCGUCUCUUGAACUUGGUCGAUGAUACUCCAAUAGUACCAGGAGAUGCACACCCCGCAUUUGCUGAGGGAGAAACAGCGCGUCAGGUUCUGAAUGACGCUGAGGACGAUCUCCGCCGCUACCAGUUAGAGGUUGAACCCAUCCACUCGAAUGCAGGCAACCUCGGAAUAGGUGCGAUGCCAGGAACUGCGGCGGCGGGAGCCUUUGUUCCAGAGUCUGCCACCAAUGAGGGUACAACGAGGAGCGAGAGUCCAGUUGGUGUGCAGUACGACAAAGCUGGAUCGGCUGCUUAUCCACUGGAAGAAGCAGACAGGGUCAGCGCUCAGCAUCAGCAGACUCCUAGACAAGAAGUUGCUAACGUGGCUUAA